CCAUUCUGUCUUCCUUAGUCGGAACAGCUUCCACUUAUAGAAACUGUCCAUAUAAAAGUAUUACUUAUAUGUUGAUAUCUAUGUACAAACAUUUCUAUAUCCAGUGUUUAAACUAUAAAAACUUAGCAAGAUCGCCGAUAUUCCUAAAAGAAGCCAAGGACUCACUUUUCACCUAUUUUUUGUACCAUCAGAACAUAUAUUAUUAUUGUCGUAAAAUCUUAUUAAUCGUAAUAAUAUUAGUUUGAAAAGCUAUUUUGUGCUAUAAAAUUAUUUCUGCAAGUUCUUAGAAGAGAUUCAAAUUUGUAAUUUAUCUCUGGGAAUUAUAUUGUUCCUAAAAAUUUUAGAUGUUUGUCAGUCCGUAAUGACAAGUGUCAAUAAGUCAAACUGAUAUUGACAAUUGACAAGUGUUUGAAGUUACAUAAAGUUAAUACAUCUGCAAUUUUUAAAAUUUGGAAUUAGUAUUUGUUCCAAAUAUGUCUACUUUUGUCAGAGUGGGCUGGAAUCGAUUUAAUCAAGGUGUAACUCGCAAUCUGAAUAAAUCCCGAAAUGUAACUUUAAUUAGAACAAUUACUAGUAAGUCCACAAGAAGCGGAGAAGACCACCCGACUAAGCCUGCACCUUGGCCCUAUCAAGAAAAGGGUUUCAACUUAUUUCAUUAUUUAUAUGACAAAACUACAUCUAGGUUUGAUGAGAACUCUAAGAUUAUUGUUGUUGAAGGUCUGCCCGCAACGGGCAAAUCAAAAUUUGCUAAAAAAAUAGCAGAAGAAUUUGAGAUGCUUUAUUUACCAGAAGCUAAUUUAGAUAUGACUUAUAUCAAUAGCUAUGGUUUUGAUUUAAGAAAGCUAGAUGUUCAGUUACCAGAUAGCUGCAAGAGUUGGGACGUUAUGGAUUUUUUAAGGAAUCCCAAUCACAGACAUACUCUAAGAUUUCAAAUUCAGCAAUAUAUUGUUAGACUAUCUCAAUACGUCGAUGCAUUAGCUCAUGUAUUCAGCACAGGUCAGGGCGUAGUUUUAGACCGAUGUGUCUAUUCCGAUUUUGUAUUUGCUGAAGCUAUGUAUAGCCAGUGUUAUAUAAAUAAAUUGGGUCGCAAAAAGUAUUAUGAAUUCCGUGAUUGCACUAUUGGUGAACUUCUACGACCACAUUUAGUAAUAUAUUUGGAUGUGCCGGUACCCAAAGUAAUAGAGAAUAUAAAGAAACGUGCAAUUAGUUAUGAGAAAGAUUCACCUGUUUUAACUACAAAGUAUUUGGAAGUUAUGGAAAAACAAUACAAACAAAAUUAUUUAAGAGAAAUUGGUAAACAUGCUGAGUUGUUAAUAUAUGAUUGGACUAAUGAAGGAGAUGUGGAAAUAGUGGUUGAAGACAUUGAAAGAAUAGAUUUCAAUAAAUAUGAUUCCCAAGACCCAAAUUUGAAAGAUUGGGUUUACAGAUUGGAAGAAGAAUGGGCAUUAUUGAGACAUAAAUAUGCUGAUAAGAAAGAUAAAAUUAUGAAUUAUUGUAAUAUCCCUUGUUUCGAAAUUCCGGAGUUAUGCGUAGAAGCUUCAGAAGCAGACACUUAUCAUAAAGUCAUGAGCGAGGCUCCAGGUGAAAAAUAUGAAAAAGGUUACAACGUUAAUGUAGGCGACGGGGGUCUUUUAUUUAAAAUCAAAAGUCCUCAUCGAGAAACUUUACCCUUAACCGAGAGAAGGAAAGUUUAAGGGAUUUCUUUGAUUGUACCUAUCACAAGCCUUUGCCAAGAAAUUGCAUCAUUAGAAUUUAACUCCAAUUGUUCAGGUUGUAAACAUUGUAUAAAAUAUAAAUAAAACAAAAGUACACCACUAAA